AUGAAUGAUUUGUCAGACUACUCUCGCCCUCUCGGUCUUCCCACGCCUCCGCUUUCGGCCCCGCUUUCCCAGUCGUGCAACGCUUCAACACAUAUUGAAUCUUGGCUGGACAACAUUCUCUCAACGCAUCAGCACCGGAAGCUGAAACGAUCGUAUCAGCAAACCUGUCAGCCAGAAUCAGAAAAUCUUCCAAAGCUGGUUCGCCGGAGUGCUCGCCUUGCGCAAACUGGUCUAAAAAGCGGAGCAAUGCCUCCAAGAGUCGACCAAAUCAAGAAUAGCGUCAAUGCGCCAGCUACCCCGCCUCAAUCCAGCCUAUCCUCGGGCGUCCUUCAUACUCGUGCCCCUACUUCCGGCACUGCCUCCACCACGAAGGAUCCUAAUGAAGUGCGCCUCCGCCUCGAAAAGCAUCACAUGUACCAGGAAAAGGGUCACUUUCAAGAGCAUUACAAGGACUUCUCAAAUACGAUAGACGAAAAGAUUGGGCGUGUGUUGCCCAUCGAAAUGGGACAAGAAUCAGUUGAACGGUUCGAGAGAGCCUACAAAGAGACCCAGGGAGACAAUGAGGAUUCAUAUCUCAACGCGAUCAUCCCUCUGCUCGCUCCUCGGUACAGAAAGGUACCAGACGCCCCAGAGCAAGAGGUAUGGGAAGAAUUGCCAGCGGGACCGGUCCUUCCCCAUCGGAGAUACAAGCUACGGGGAUGGGACGAGGAAGGUGUCAAGAUGCUGCUCAAUCCUCUGUUCAAAGACGGAUUCGUUCCUUUUUGUGGCGAAGAUGACAUUCUGGCGAAGGAGCUAAAGAAGGAGGACAGUAUAACCAAUCCCAAGCCGGACCGGGUGUUUGGCUUGAAGCAGGAGAUUUUUCGAUUGCCUGCCGGCUGUCGCGCGUAUGAAAAUAUGGAGAGAUUGCUAGCACUGAUCGCUGGCAUGUGCCACGCCUUCUUUUUGAUUGAGGGUAAAAGCAACAAAGGUCUACUGGCUGCAGCAAACAACCAAGCUUGCCGAGCGGGCGCAACGCUGGUGUCGGUCUUGCGGAUCUUCCUUGAUGCCAUUGGUGUUGAGGACAUCGCCGAGGGUCUAGACGAGCGGACUUUUGUCUAUUCAAUGACCAUUGAUUCAAAUGUUGCUAGCAUCUGGGUACACUUCGCUGAAAAGCAAAGUGAUGGCACUGUUCACUUUCACAUGGAGUAUGUUACUGGCGCGCUUCUCCGGUCUCGAAACGAUAUUCCAAGGAUGCAACGCUGUAUUGACAAUAUCCAGAGCUGGGGCUGCACGGAGCGCAAGAACGAACUCCUCAAAUACCACAAAGAAUACCUCAUCCCCCAUCUUAGAGAUGUUGAAACCGGACGACUUGCGGAAAGGGAACUGAAAUUUGAAAGGAUGGUACUUGAGAAAGCGACUGCCGCGGAGAAAGAAGCCAUGAAUAAACAAACCAAAGCCGCAGAGAGAAAGGCCGCUGUAGAAGGCAACAAAGCCGCUGCAGAGAAGAAGAAGAAGCCACAAGCAGCCGCGCCAUCGACAAGGAUGGGACUGCGUUCACAGGACAAGGAGAAGAAGUAG